AUGGCCUCCUCCAACAUCGCACCAGCAGCUUCCUGCUUCGAAUGCCGGCGACGCAAGCAAAAGGUAAAGAAAGGAAAAAAGACUUGCCCCCUAAUCGCAUGCAGGACCCACACUGCCACAACACCCGCACUCUUCGACUCUUACACACAGAACAACGGAGUUGACUCCGACGAACUGUCGAGAAAACGUAGUCUCGACAGUUCAGACAGGGGCGACCCUUCUGACGAGGGUUCUGACCGCGAUGAUUCCGGCUCAGAUAUCGACGUGAGCGGCGCCUUGAACGGCCUGGGCUAUCCAUCCCAUCACCACCACCUAGUGCUUGGUCAAGGUCCCGGCCCAAAGGUAAAGUCUAUCUCCACCACCUCUCCUCACGCCCCUUCUCCUUUAGCUUACUGCCUUGUCGAUAACUGGUUGAAUGGCGCGAAUCACCAGUACUACGCCUUGUACCCGCCCGAGUUUAGGACACAAUACGAUGGGUGGUGGACGGCCCCGCGAAACAAGGCCACGCCUGAACUUACCAGUCUGAUCCUACGCGUGUGUGCUUGCUCGCUCCAUUUUAUCAUUGACGACAAUGUCCGAGUACGACUCGAGCGGGAGCUCAACACCGACGUCCUGACGCUCGCAGACCGCAUGCACGCCGCCGCCGAGAAGCUCAGCACCACCAUCCCCCCGGGUAAGGGCGGGCUCGUCAACGUUCAACAGCUCUUUCUUACCGCGUUUUGGCUUAAAUCGGCCGAGAAGUGGACCGAGGCAUGGCAUGCUUUGGGCAGGGCCAUCCGCGCGGCAAACGAGAUAGGUCUUCACCAAGACAGCUUUUCCGAGGGCCUGUCCGAGUAUGACCGCGAGAUGAGGCGGCGUGUAUGGGUGAUUUUAUACCUCUGGGAUUUUGCCCUAGGUUCCAUGCUGUCUCGCCCGCUUCAAGUGAAUCAAUCCGACUGCACCGUCGUGAUGCCCACGCUGACCCUCGAAAAUUACCGCUCUGACCAACCAUCACCGUUCCGCCACAUGAACCUCCACUGCCAGCUCUGUAUCGACAUGGCGGCGCAGGUGCGCGGGCCCACGAAUUCCGAAACGGAGAAGGCCGAAGCGGCCAAGCGAAUGACAGAUACGGUUGAUAAGUGGCUCGCCAACCUCCCGGCCGAGUAUGCCGUAAAGAACCCCGAGACGCGAUGGGAUGGUGAGUUCGACUGGGUUGUUUUCCAGCGCCGGUAUCUGCAUCUCAUCGGGUAUAUGGGGUUGUUCACCCAGCUACGACCAUUCGUAACGCGGAGCUCGGCCACGCCAGGUACCGAACUCGAGGAAGACCUACGAUCAGCAGGCGUUGAUGCGGCACUGGGCCUCAUGGAAGUGUCGUGGAGGUUGUUCGAAAGUCUUGUCUCAGUGGGCGCCAAGUUCCAUUACGCCAUCUUCUGCAUCUUCGACGCGGCCACCGUUAUGUGUUCGGCUUUCCUCCAGGACGAAGCUCGUACUCUUCCGCAGCGAGAAACGGUCUUGGAAGCGAUCAAGAAAUGCCUCGGCAUGCUCGCGGAGGUCGCCCCGCAAUCCAAGACAACGGCCGCCCUGUAUCGCAUUCUCAAGGGUCUAAUCGCAAAACUGCCGUUGAACGCUCGGGAGCUGGCGGUUGUCGGCUCUACAAAACGCGUCAAGAAUGACCGAGUCACCCCGCUGACCGACAAGAGCCCCAACUCAACGUCUCCAACCGUUCCUUCGUCACAACGGCCACGCGGGCCUCGGCGGGACCCAAAGCCUCGACACAGGUCUACCAGCGCCAGCUCGGACAGCGACUCGACGUUGGACUCGUCCAAUUUCCAGCCCCGGAGCGAGAGUUCGGUUUCCUUGCCGGACAGUUGCCGUUCUGCGAAUAAUGCUCGAAUAGUGUCGGACGCCCAGGCCAGGCCGAGAUCUGUCGUUCCAUCAAACGCUGUCGCCCCAGAUGGAUUGCCGGCUCCCACCAAUUUUGUGCCCCCCACGCCGGUUCACACAACAUACCCACCAACGACGGGAGGUUAUAUGCCGCCGGCGAGCUCCAUGGCCCCGAAUGUGUACAUGUCGCCGGACUCUUUCCCGCCUGGGUCCGGAUUUGUGCAAGAGGGCGGCUUUCCGUUCGACUCAGCAAUAAGCCCAGCGGGCGUGGGCGCCAUCCCCUUCAGUCAACCUGGCUGGCAUCCUUCCCAAGGACCCCCCAUUGGUAACGUGGGGAACCAUAUGAACAUGUACCAAGACGGUACUGUCCCGCCGUUCCAGAACGCCGAAGUGCUCCACUUUUGGGAGUGGCAGUCGCUCCAGCUCGGCCACCCAAUGACCUGGGGGCAGCAGCUCGAAAAUCGGCGGCAUCCUGGUGGGCUUCCUGGGACGUUUAUGGACCGGGGCAUGUCGAAUGACUGCGGAGAAAGUGCGAGUACGGAACUGAGUGGGUGA